AAAAACAAUAGAUCCAAUUCAUGCGACCGAAGGGCUCGUAGUAUCUUCAAGACUUGUGAGAAGCGCUGGGAAUUGCGCGGUAGCUGAGCCGGGAUGGGCAAGGGGCGAUGCGCGGACAGAGACAGCGCACUAUCUUCGUCACUUCUGUGCCCAUCCGAUCGCGCCUUGAUGGACGAGUUGGGCGAGAGUAGAACGGCUUCACUGCGCUUCGGUGUUCAGACAGGGCAGCUCGUUGCGACAAGCUCAAUCUUGCACCCGAAUCAGCAUCCCAAGCGGAUGAGGCGGUGUGAAGGCUAGGAUGUCAUCCCUAUUCGUGAAAGGGCUUGCAAAAGCGUUCGGUGGGCCAUCGCGA